AUGAGUCAGCAAGACUAUCGGUAUCUCAAUAGUCAUAGUAUAGCACAAAAUGAGUUAAGAAUUAAUAUCAAUUCGAAAGACCAUGAGCAGUUCGAGCUAGCCCUGCUCCGAGGGGUGGAUGUAAAUGAAAGAGAUAGAACAGAAGAACAGUUUUCCAGCUUCGAAGAAUGUUUGAAGAUGAAAGGAAUGGCGAUCUUUAUCAGAACGUGCCUUGAGCAUGGCGCCCACGUAGCAAGUUUCAAUCCAAUCACCAACAAAUACCCCAUUCAUCUGGCAGCAGAAACCUGUGAUGUUCAUAACCUACAAGAACUGGUUAAAAGCCAUCUCUUACUUAUCGAUCAAAAGUUUAAGGGAUGUACCCCAUUAUUUAUGCUGUUUGAGAUGCUGACAGCAGAAAGCUGGGAGAAUGUUUUCGAAUGCAUUAAGGUGUUGCUGGAACAAGGAGCCGAUAUUAACACAACCGGCACGGAUGAAAAAUCGCCCAUUGCGAUUCUCGUGUCUGGAAAUGAUAACUGGCGAAAAACUAUCCUAGAGUACUGUCUUACACACUAUUACGUCGAUGUGGAUAUCAAAGUGUCAAGUAGCAGUGAUGAAUUGGUACGCGAAGUCAUCAAAAAUCAUUUCCCCGAUGUCACAAUUCCUGUGGAAAAAGAGGAAUUAAAAAAUAUAUCUAUCGAAUACUUGAGCACGGUGCUGUUGCCUUUUUCGGAGAUUAAAUUUCUCGAAGCGUACCGAAUGUUUAGAGCAACACAAGUGAUAAGUGAUGACGACUUGGAGAAUUUGCUAUAUUCGGCAAUCGCAUCUACAAAGCUGAAGGUUAUCAAUGUAAUGCUCGAACCCUUUUUGAACAAUGGAACCUUAUCCGAUGCUGUUAAGACCCUAUCAUGGGUACUCUGCAGAUGCUGCGAGAAUGGAAACGCACAGGUGCUAGAGUGGUGUCUAAACUCUACAUCGAAGCCAGUGGCUGGAUCGAUGUACCAGGAAAACCUCCUAUCCUCUAUCGAUGAAUUGUGUUCGCAAGGCUACAUGACAAUGGUUUCGCAGCUGAUACAGCAGAUGGAUCCGGCCGUAGACAUGAGUGUUUGCCCUUUUUUCAAAUGCAUGCAGCUGCUGCUCAACGAUGGCCGAAUCGAUAUCGAUAAAAAGAGUGGAUUUUUUGAAGGUACAGCAUUGCACUAUGCCGCUAAGAACAAGCUAGUACAUGCUCAACGGGUACUUCUCGCCAAAGGGGCCUCGCUAGGCGUAAUGGACUUGCUCCAAGAGAUGCCAAUUAGUGCGAUGGAUCCGAUCGUACUGGAAAACCAUCUGGACUCUUGCGUAUUCCCUGAGUGCUGGUCUUUGAGCGAAAAGACGUAUCAAUUUCAGUUGGAUUUAUCAAACUUUGUGAAACCAUCGAAAGGUAAAUCCGGUCAAGCAACAAGCCAAACGUUCGAUGAAAUGCUGCCAAUCCUAAGACUGAGUCAGUCGCACGACAAGAAACACCUUUUACAGCAUCCCGUGAUAUUAACUAUACUGUUGCAGAAGUGGACUAAGCUAAAAUAUUUCUUCUACGCCAAUCUAUUUCUGUGUGCAGCUUUUUCCCUAUUGUACAUCGUUUACGUAACGAUGUUCUAUGGGUGUAAUGAUGCGCAAAAUUUUUGGUAUUCUGCAACAUAUGGAUCGUUGAUUAUAUUACUCACUUUUAUGGGAAUAAGAGAACUAUUCCAGUGUUGUCUCAAUGUGAGAGAGUACAUACGAUCCGUGGAAAAUUAUGUGGAAAUCUCUUUAAUUGUUGGUGCCACUUACGUAUUGUAUUUGGACUAUCAAGACGAAGAAGAAACUGCGAUUCCGGCGUUGAUUGCCAUACUACCGGCUCUCAAUCUAACUCUGCUAGUAGGAUCACUUCCCAUGCUAUCUUUAUCAACUCAUAUGGUUAUGCUGAAAACGGUUUCCAAAAAUUUCCUCGAAUGCUUUUUGCUAUACGCGAUCAUUUUGGUAACGUUUGCGGCCAGCUUCUACACUUUGUUUCGAGGAAGUAGGAACUCAAAAAGCUCUGUACCACAAAGCAAUGAGCUUCUGAGGACCUUUACCGAGAUGCCAGACCCUUACGAUGGCGGGGAUGUAACUCAAAUUAUGAAGUCUCUUAAGCAAUCAAUAGAUAUGCUAAACAAGAAUAGUAAUGCUGAAGAAGCGUCGUUCGAUACCUUCGAGAAUUUUCCUCUAUCGGUUGUAAAGACAAUCGUUAUGCUAAUCGGAGAACUGAACGUAUCCGACAUUCCUCUUGAGGGCGUUAUACCAUACAUCAUACUUGUGAUAUUUGUGUUUUUCGUUCCGAUUGUUCUUUCGAACCUGAUCAAUGGUCUUGCAAUCAGUGAUAUAGCGGCAAUCAAAGCCGAGUCGGAGUUAAUCGGUCUCGUACAACGUGUGUCUGUGCUCUACAAGCUUGAGGCUGCCUUGGAAUAUCCCAAAAUUCUGCAACCCAUAGCUGGCCGCCUGUCGAUGCUGCGUUGGACCAACAGAUUCCGGAUGUUUUCAACAAUGGAUGUAAAACCAAACAUUUGCAUCGGUUGGACGAGCAGCAAAUAUUCCAAGAAAUCAACCCAUGGCGCUUGGUUAAUGCUCUCGAAACCUACUAAUCAUCAAUCGGGAACUGACUCGGAAGACACCGAUAUGGAAAGAGCCGCGACGAGAAACUGUUGAUCCGGUUUCCGAUAAGCUGAUAAGGCUUGAACAAGGGCAAGCAGAUUUGACGAAGCUGAUUACAACACUUCACAAUGACUUCCGUGGAUUCGUCGAUUCGAUUCAGGAUAAACUUGCACAAGUUAAA